AUGUCGUCUUCCUCACUUCGAGUUUUAGCUAUUGGGAACAACCCGAAUAUCUUGUUCUACACCUCAAGGUUUCAACUGGCCAAGAAUAUAGACCUCUACCACGUCAACGAUUCAAAAUCAUGUCAAUUUGAAAUUGAAACUGAAUACUACGGCAAAGACCGGUUCGAAUUGGAAAAUCAUUUCACCUCUAUCGAGCACUUGACUGAAGCUUUGAGCUCCAAAUCAAGUGAAGCCGUCUUCGACAUAAUCAUCAUGAGUGCUCCAUCUUUACAGGAAUUAUCCUCGUUAGCGUCCAAGUUAACGUCCAUAAUCGAUUCGAACACCAAAAUUUUCUUAGAAAGCAGUGGUUUCAUCCAAUUGGAACCGUUUGUCAAAUUAUCGAUGGAAUCUCCGCAUGUAAACGUUUUCAGUAUUUUGACUGAUUUGGAUAUUCGUCAAAUCGGUCCAAACCAUUUCAAACACUUUCCUAGUACUGCAAAGGAGAACACGAUUUACCUCGGCGAAAGUAAGUCCAGCACUGAGAAAUAUUCAUCAGGCGUUAUAACAUUAUUAACCACUUUUGAAAAACUGUUUGCUAAAUUGUUUUCCAACAUAAAAAUCAAUUUGUGCAAUUUCUCAUCAAUUGAGUUUCUAUCACAACAAUGGAAGCUGGCGAUUUCCAGAAUUUGUUUUGAUCCGUUGUUAAUCAUGUUUGAACAAGAAAACCCAAGUGAUCUAGACCAGCAGAUCAUUGCCAAACCUUUAAUAUCAGGUCUGGUAACUGAAAUCAUCACUGUAGCAAAAACAAUGGGAGCCAGACUAAACAGUAGUCAUGAUAAUGAAAACUCUCUUUUAUCUCUAUGGAAGAAUUCUUAUCAUUCAACCAAUAAGCCACCUGCAUUGGUUUAUCAUUUCAUUCAUCAAACAACGCCUUUGAACAUCGAUAUCCUGUUGUUACAAACUAUUUUAUUAGCCGAUGACUUUGGUAUCAAAACUCCGUACUUAGAAUUUUUAUACUCUGUUUUGUCCCAAUUUGAAAGAUUGAAUAGUGGCAAAUCUAAAUGGUUUAUUAGGUCAGAUGAAAAAACUCAAAUCUUACAAAGCUUGCAAAAAUCACAAAAAAAUGAAUCUGCUUUACAGACUCAAAUUACCUCCUUACAAGGUCAAAUUAGUAAACUAAGACAAGAGUUGCUUAUGCAGGCCAAGCAACAUGAAAUGGAAACUAAUGAGUUAAAGGAGAAACAUCAAGUCGCUCUAAAAGCCCAGGCCCAAGCCCAAGCUCAAGCCCAAUCUCAAGCUCAAACAUCAAUUGAAGCACUAACGCCAACUGAAGCAACAAACCAAUCCGAUACAAAUGAAUAUAAAGCAACAGGAACUCCGAAUUUGAGGGACAUCGAAGAUAUGGCACUAUAUAGUGUAAACUACGGAGACUCUCCAGUGAGAUCUCCACCACCUGUUGUAAGCUCUCAGCCACAAAUGAACUCACCAUUAUCCUCACAUUCACAAACUUUCGGAGAGAAUAAUGGCACGAAUGACAAAUUACUACAAGAACGCGAAUUGCAACUCCGUAAAAAGGAAUUAGAGCUACAAGAACGUGAACUGGAGUUCCAGAAAAGAGCAUUACAGCAACAAAGAUUUAAUAAUAGCAAUAAUUCAAUUCCAAGAAAGCCUUCCUUCCCUCAAUUACAGCAGUCUGCAAACGUUCGUUCUAACAGCAGAGGAAUGCAUGGCACCAAUGGCGCUAUGUCUCAACCUGCAUCCGCCGGAAAUUUUGUAGACCCAAUUUCUUCAAGUAUCGCUGCAUAUGACCCGCAACAACCUCCUUCCUUACCCCUACAGCAGCCACAACAAUCGGUACAAGUACAACCUUUUCACUCACACUCUAUCAAGCCCACAAGUAGGAAGAAUAGAAAUAGUAAUAUGCCUAAUAUUGGUAAUCCUUCCAGUAUAAAUAUGAGUGAUUUUGGCAGACCACCGAACAAUUCAAGUCAAACUCGCUUAAAUUCCAUGCCAACGCAUAGCAUCGUAAACCAGAAUAGAUUGAGAUCACAACAAUCGAAAAACAAACUGAAUAUGCCACAUGCCACCAACCCAAACAAUACUUUUAACCAAGUCCCUGCUCCUAGUUUAAACAAUCACGUUCCCACACAAAGGCAAUUUAGCUCCAGUACCAUGAUAGAAGUUACAAAUAAUAACAACAAAGUUAAUAACAGUAGUAGCAACCCUGAUAUUUCCACCAACUCGGUAGUUCAUAACGCAAUGCAAUUUACAAAUACAAACAACAAUACAAGUAGCACUGUGGAUAUAAACGAUCCCAAAAAUAUUGCACCCCCUCCUACAACCUCUGUUUCAGCCCCAAGCACUCCAACCUUGUCCUCAUCAAGUCAAAUGGCGAAUAUGGCUUCGCCUAGUACCGAUAAUGGUGACAAUGAGGAGAAAAAUGGUGGUAAGAAGAAGAGAUUUGGCCUAUUCAAAAAAAAAAAUAAAUCAAAGAAAUAA